AUGCUGGCGACAUGCCUGAGGGUGCUGAGGGCUGUGCAUGAGGAGUUCUUCCAGGGCACAGGCGGCGACGCAGGAGGAGGGGCGGCGGGAGCGGAAGGGGAAGGGGCAGGGGCGGCGGGGCCGGCGUGCAACGGGGGCGGCGGCGGCGGCGCUGCAGGGGCCGGGGCCGCGGAGCGGCGGGCGCCGACGAAGCGGCGGCGGUUGCGGGGCGGGAGCGACGGCGGCCCAGACGGUCCUGGUGGCGGCGGCGGCGGUGGCGGCGGCGGCGCAGCGGCGGCGCUGGACCCCUCGGCGCUGCGCGGGCGGGACGUGCGCACGUGCCUGGCCGACGCGCGCGCGCGCGUGCUGCGCGGCUGCUGCGUUGCGUUCUCGCGCUGCUGGCCGCAGUACGUGUCGCCCUUUGACCAGCCGCUGUGGGCGCUGGCUGAGGGCCUGGGCGCGGACUGCAGCACGCACUACAGCGCGGGGCGCACGACGCACGUGGUGGCGGCGCCGGACAGAGGGGGGGAGCUGCCGCUCACUGACAAGGUCCAGGCUGCGCGUCGUGAUGGGGUUCACGUGGUCCACUAUGACUGGCUGCUGGCAUCAAAGUUCAGGUGGGCGCGGCGACGAGGGACCACCAAGCUAAACUGGGGUCCACUCCGCCUGGCGGCGUCGGCGGCAGCAGCAGCAGCUGCAGCAGUCUGGGAGGGCGUGUGGCACCGCGCUGACGAGGCGGGCUACGAGAUGCCGGCCUAUGUGCAGAGCGGCCGCGCCGCCGGCGCCAAGGCGCGCGGCUUCAGCUGGCAGCCGGCGGGCGGGGAGCGCGACGCGCGCAUAGCCGCGCAGGCGGCGGGGCGCGCAGGGUAA